AUGGCCUUUGCAUGCACCAAUGAUUGGAACAUUUUAUGCGAUGAUGCCAAGAAAUAUGUGCCACUUACAAAGACCAUAUUCUACGCGGGCAAGCUGUUCGGUGCGUACUUUUUUGGUUGGGUGUCUGACAGGUUUGGACGCCGAGUGACCCUUCUGAUCACCAUGCUGGUUCAGUUUAUUGCCUCCCUGAUUGAAAGUUUCUCAGUGAACUUCGUUAUGUAUGUCGUCCUGAGAGUUCCCCUCGGAAUUUGCAGUGGAGGAUGUCUUAUAGCGGGGUUUCUCCUAAUGACCGAGAUGGCCACACCUCGAUGGCGACGUUGGGCGAACUGUUUAUCCCAAGUGGCUUAUGGGGUUGGGAUUGCUGUGCAAGCGUUGAUUGCGUACUUUGUCAGGGACUGGAAAACCUUCAGCUUGUUGAUCACGCUGCUUAACUUGCCUUUUAUUGCUUACUACUGGCUGAUUCCAGAGUCUCCUCGCUGGCUUUCCGCCAGAGGCAGAGUCAAUGAAGCAGAAGAAAUCUUGCGGAAAAUGGCGAGGCAGAAUGGGUACGAGUACCCCGAGGGAGCCAUAGAGACGAUGCAAACAGAUGGAAAAGAGGAAGAGAAAACCAAGACUUACCACUUGUGGCAUUUGUUUAGCACCAAAUACUUGAUAAGAAUCACUCUUAUCGAAGCGUGGUCUUGGUGUGUGACCAGCAUGGUGUACUACGGGCUCAGCUUCAACUCGGGAAAUUUGGCGGGAGAUUUUUACUUGAACUUUGCUGCUUCCGGAUUGGUGGAAAUUCCCGCGUACCUACUCGCAACCUACUUAGUCGAGAGAGUGAAUCGUCGUUUUCCACUGAUGGCAUAUUACAUUAUUGGAGGAAUCGCUCUUAUCUGUGUUUUCUUGAUACAAGUUUCUGGGAAGGAAAAUGAUCUGACCUCCCUCGUCAUUGCACUGGCCUUGAUCGGCAAGUUCACCAUCUCUGCAGCGUAUUACCAAAUAUAUAUCCACACGGCUGAGCUGUAUCCAACAGUGAUGAGAACAAUUGGAGUGGGAUUUUCCUCUCUGUGUGCAAGAAUUGGAGGAAUGGCUGCCCCAUACAUAGUGGACAGUACACCACUGGUAGUUCCUCCAAUCGUUUUUGGUGCCACGUCACUUUCAGCCGGACUCAUCGCCAUCAUGCUGCCCGAGACACGAGGAAAACCUCUUCCGGAUUUUAUUAACAAAGAAACUUCUGAGCAAGAAGAAGAAUUGGUUAUUGUGGAAGAUAAGAACGAAGUCGCUGGCUACACGUCUGCUGUUUAGAGUGGUAGAAAGAUAUACACAGUUUUCAAUAGCGAACAACAGGGACUGCUAGAACUGAGUAGCAGAACUCAGGCAAUUUAGCUUUGUCGUGAAAAGCCUUUGACCCAGGCCUUAUGUAGUGGAACCCCGCCUUACUGCCAUCCUGUUAAUACGGUCACUUUAUUCUGUUUCGCUCAGUCAGUCAUUUUCUUAUUUAAAGAACCUCUUUAAUACGACCUAUAUGGCUGCGCGCGAAAAAUAGCUAGUUUUGGAAGGCCUUCAAUUUGACUCGUUUACUUAAGCGCUGUGCGAAACGCCUGAAGAUCAGUUAGGAGAAUUUGCUUCCUCCACCGUCGGGAUGGAGGAAUUAUUAGCUCUUGCCGCCGUUAAGAAAAUAGAACUAGCUCAGUUUAGUUAGCAGAACUAACGAGAGAAAUGCUGCAAGCCUAACAACUUGCUUUCGCUGUCAUUAAGAUUUCGCUUAAUUUAGAAAACGGCUGUACGUUUUGAUGUUUCAUUGAGCAUGUUCAUAGGUCCAAAUAGAUUUAUGUGAUGCAUCAAGAAGUUAUAAAACGGAAUAAAAGUAUAAGGUAUAUAAUGUGGUAAUAUAUUAAAGGUUCAUCUUAUUCUA